AUGGCGGCCUCCGAGUCGCCCCCCUGUCGCACAGCCGACCUCCUCCAGCCCGACGAAUACGACGAAUAUUCGUGGAUGCUGCUGGAGGACCAUCCGCUGCGCUCGCAUCCGACAGACUGCUGGCCGGAUGUAUUCGCCUUCCUGGGCCGCUGCUACACAGCCCUCAAGCAGCGCUGGACCGAGAGACUGUUCCCGGUGCUCUGUCUGUUCCUGAUGUUUACUAUGGUCGUCCAGUUCAUCGCCUCGCUCCCCUACGGCAUCUCCCAUCUCCUCCUGCGCAAGGAACUCGACAACCUGGGCACCGUGCAGUGGCCCGCCGAGUUCGGAGACUCCCCCGCCGCCUGUCUGGCGUAUAACCCGCUUGCCCACGCCGACGCCAUCACCUACGCCGUCGACGCGGGCUGCACCGGCGUGCGCGCCGACGUCUGGCUCGGACGCCACGAGCAGCUGACGGUCGGCGCGAAGCCCGCCGCAGACGCCACCCUGCAGACCGUCUAUCUCGAGCCGCUGCUCGCCCAGCUGGACGACGCAAACCGGGACCCUGCCGCGGCCCCGGCGGGCGUCUUCCCGGCGGAUCCCACGCGCCCGUUCGUGCUGCUUCUCGAGCUGCACGCGCCGCUGCAUGCGGUCCAGCCGCGGCUGGACGCACUGCUGGCCCCGUUCCGCGAGCGCGGGUAUCUCUCGUUCACGAAUGGCUCGCGGACGGUCUCGCGGUCGCUGACGGUCGUGCUGGGAGGUGAUCUGUCCGUGGACGCGGCCGACGUCGACCCGGCAGCUGUGUCGAGCAGUCUCUUCUUCGACGUGCCUGCAACCGCCCCUGCGGAGCACGAACACGAACACGAACACGAGCCGAAUACGGCUCAUCCUAUGAUGCACCCAUACACCGCAUCCACAAACUUCACCAGCACAAUCGGCGCCCCCCGCCGCGGCCGCUUCUCGCGCCCCCAGCUCGACCAGGUGCGCGCCCAGGUGCGUGCCGCUCAUGCGCGCGGCGCCCGCGCGCGCUUCACGGAUAUCCCGUGCUACUCGGCGCGGCUGCGCCGGGUGAUCUGGCGGAUGCUGGUGCGCGAGGGCGCGGACGUCGUCGAGGUGGAUUGGUCGGGGUGUCAGGGGCGGUGGUGGCGGGGGUUUAUUACGUUUGGGGGGCAUGCAUGA